AAAAGAACGCUGAAGCAACGAGCAUCGAGGUUUCGUUUAUUUCUUUUAUUUCAUUCAUGUUUUUUCUUUUUGGGGGAUUUUUGUGAAGUUGAUUUAAGGUUACUUUAUUAAGGAUACUUUAUUUCGAAGUAGUUACUGGACAUUCCAGCCAUGCAUACCCUUGUUUUCACAAGCUGUUGGUGAUGAGGAAAGACCUGAGCGAGGACGAUAAACCUGCUGUCUUCCGGGGCGCUAGCCUACCCUGAGGCAGGCAGUCGAGCGUCGGUGAAGACAACCGUUGCUGCCGCGGUUUUGGCCCGGGCAAGCCUCCGCUCCGGAAACCACGACCGGCGAGUUUCUUCCACGAAUUAUUUCCCGAUCCCUGAUACCAGCAUGCAGUUUAAGAAUAUUUCUAUCUUGUUGAUGUGCCUUUAUUUUCGACAUCUACCCUGGUUAUCGCAAGGGUCCCAACUCGGUGAGAUUGUUCCCGAUAAAGUGACAGACUCGCUCUUCAGUGACAUGGGCCGGGUACGGAUUGGAACAUUUGCGGUGAAUUACAACACAACGGAGCUGGAUGUGAUUUUUGAAGACAUUACUGGUGUGAAGGAGUUAUGGGUCAUAGACUUCCAACCUUACAACUUCAAAUGGAGAACUCCUAUCAACGAUCACACAGGUGAACUGUGGUCAGAUGAAACCGGUCAGUGCUCAAACAUGGAGCAGGAUCUUACGUGGGCCGAUGGCUACUUUGACGAUGACCAUUUCCAGUCAAGAAACACCUCUUGGAAGAAGGAUCUGUUUACGGAGUACUUGAGAGGCAAAGAUAAUCAAUCAUCUGAGAUUCGCCUUGAUGAUAUUCGCUUUUACGGUGAUCUUCAGACUUUCUUGGACUGCACACGAGCAGACGGAACCAACAUCUGGGACUACAGCAUCAGCAAAGAGGAGAUACAAUACACGACGAUACUGUAUGCCACCAACGUACGCCCGAUACCCGGUUGGGAUCCAUUUGGGCAAGUCCAAGCGCCUGCAGUCGCCUACGUACAGACGCAAGUGAAGCUGGUUUGGAGAUUGAUACGCACUGCUAUGGUCAACUUCGUUGUGAGUUCAGUCCCGAUUGUCAGUAGUCGCCUCCUCGAAGAGAUCGGACGCCUCAUCAUCUUAUUCGACUUCGCAAUCGUCGAGCCGAUUCUUUUCCAAGAUGGUUCGCCGGACUUGACACGAGCCCAUCUUACGUUGGGUUUCAGUACUCAGCUGCCCUCGAGGAACCUGUCCAUGGUUGUGUUCAGGAAGGGAACGGAGAAGUACGAACCUGAGGUAGAAGGAAAUGCUCUGGAGGAGGUAGUCAGCUGGCCUGCCUCCGAAAUAGCAGAUACACCAGUGUGCAAUCUGGGCACACCAAAGUACUGUAAGCAAAGCUGGGAAUACGAAAUGAUUCUCAAGAUGGAUAUUUCAUCCCUGGUCGAUGACAAACCGCUCGAUGCCACUGGCUUAUUCCAGUUUGAUUUUGAUUCCUACAAAUGUGAAAAUCUCUACUCAACCUCAGGUUGUGCACUUAUGGAUGAUUUGCAGCCAUGGGAGAUCAAGAUUGAUCUGACUCUACAGACAACAGUAGAUGCUAUAGACGAGGAGCAAGAUUCAAUCAGCGUUUCAAUCGUCAAGCUGGUCAACGACAAUGGGGAAGAUCUGCGCGGUGGGCAGACAAUCCGCCAUAAAGAGAACGUAACCGUGGAAGUCAACUUCUCGCCAGCUUUCCUGCGAUCACACUAUGUUCUGGAGCUACAACUCUUCAUGGUGUGUAUGGGAGAUGAACAUAUGGACUCUUUGCAGGGGUGUCUUGGAGCCAGUGAAAGUCAGAGGUACUCUGCCUUUGUUGGAGAGGAUUUUAGUUUCACCUUUGACCCCUCUGCACCCCAGUAUCAAAAUCUCCCUCAGGCUACCACUGCACCACCAACAGUUUCUCAGGAUCUUCAAAGUGUUCUUCCGACAGCUGUGCCAACCUAUACAAUUGAGAAGACCUUAACCCAAGAGUACAAUGUGUGGGCAGAUGUCGUCGAAGGCGGUGUCUUCAUUCGACCCCACGACCCAAGUCUGAUCCAGAACCUCGGAGAACCUUCUUCAUCCCUUCAUUUCCUGCAAGAUGAAACAGACGAUCAGUUGAUGUCUCUGCUGUACCUCGUUGAGCCUUACACCUACCCGGGUGCUUCAGGUCACAGACCCACAAACAUCGCUAACGAGGAUUCCUUCUAUCAAUAUUUCUUACCCCAACUAGACCACUACCACAUUCUUGGUACAGUCCGUGCAAGAACUAAAGGAAUUCUUCAUAGUAAGGACACUCUCAAAAUGUUCUACUCUGCUUUCACAAAUGAACCAGCAAGACUGUCCUACGUAGGAACGGAAAAUCCUGUUCAGUUUCCCUGCAAUAGGUACCAGUCCGAAGCACAUCGGUGGCUUUACUAUCAACAGAACUGGGUGGCUCUUCCUACCAGUUCCUGCCGAUUUAUCAUGGAGUUGAUCAACUUGAGGAAACUUGUUGUUGAAAUUGUCACGUUGAGGUUGACAACUUCUCAAGAGCCUCUGGAUCAAGUUGUGUUUGUGCAGGAACUCAGCCGCUUGGCCGACGUCUUGAAGCUGGAGCCGGACUUUUUGACUAGCAUUCUUGAGUUUGGAGCUGCUUCAAAUGGUGAAGACUGGACAGUCCUAGAUUUGCUUCUGUACACGAUUCUCUUGUUUCAAGACGAUUUUGUGAUAGUAGCUUUGGAGCCAACUGGAUUCCUUUUGACGUUACGAGACGAUUUGAGAUCUAUCGCCGAUGAAGAAGGAAGCUUCAGCUCCUUCGUAGAGGAGUCAGUCAGGCUUCGUGGGAACAACGAUCACAUCGAGUUAGCCACCGUACUCCAGAUUGUAUCAGAACUCAUCUUGUACAGAACGGACUCGAUAUUUGUUAGAUUCUACCUUGCGACCAGAUUCUCCAACGAUUACUGGCAAUCUGUUGAUAUUGAUGAAUCUUUCUACUAUUUCCUAUGGAGUGUGAAUUCUGUCGGCUCGGCUGAAUACGAAGGACAAAUCUUCACAACAAUCUCCAAUAACCCCCAGAUAAGCCUCAACUCAAACAAAUGCCAGAAUUAUGGCUACCUUGCUGGGUAUGCUGAACUCUGCCGGAUCAACUGGGUGGAGGUACACCCAUUCUGGGCGUAUACGUCCCCUGUCUCCGUGCCAGUGGAGGUGUAUCCUGGGGGUUGGGGCUUGUGGUCGGUUUGGACUGGGUGUACAAAGUCAUGCGGGGGAGGGGUGCAAACAAGAGAGAGAGAAUGUAUUGAUGUAGAAGCGGAAUGUGUUGGACAGGCAACGAGCGAGUCAAGGUUAUGUAACCUUGAAGAUUGUGAUGUGUUCACAGACAGUGAAGGUCACGUCAUGAGGUUGGAGCUGGGACUGGGUCGUCAAACGUGGCAACAUGCCAGGGAAUAUUGCCAAUCCAAAGGAGGCAACUUGGCACGGAUUAAAGACCACAUGAUGCAAGACUUUCUGAUUGGGGAUGUGACUUCCGAUCAUCAUACCUCAACUGGACAGUUUUGGUUUGAUGCAAAUGACAUCAUGGAGGAAGGUUCCUUUGUCUCUUCAGACAAUGCCCCAUUGUCUUUUACAAACUGGAGGUCUUCCCAUGGGCCCAGCCAAUCUUCUCCGACGAAAAACUGUGGUGCUUUUAGUAUUGAUGGAUUCUGGGAAAAUCAGGACUGUACCAAUGUCAACCACUUUGUCUGUCAGUACGAUUUCAUGCUGGUGUUUAAGGCAGCUGCAGAUACAGGUCAGAGCGUCUACGAGGCUUGGACAUCAUCCUCAUAUUCAGCCGAUGAUGUGUCUAGCGAACAAACCUUGUAUAAAAGUGGACUCGUUGAGAGCUGGUCGGGUUCUAUCGUUGUUGAAGAGGUGAAGGUGGCCAUGUUGGUCAAUGGCCAGCCUGUUGUUGAAGUGUCAUUUGACGGAAGAGACACCAACAAGAUGAACUGGUUUGCUCCUCAUCGGCUCAUCUCCUCCCCUUAUGCUGAUAUGGAGUCUGCCAUCAAAAACUUCUUCAGUGUGGAUGGGCAUAAAAGCCUCGGACGCCAUUUCUUCAUGAGUAACUAUUACAAGGGAUGUUUGCGUCAGUAUGGAUGGAUGAUUGUCAUUGAUGCUGGCCACUACUCCCAUCCAUGUAAGUGGGAGCGGUUGCCCACCUACCCUAAGUUCUUCUUCAGCAAGGAUACAAAGUCUACCAACUUCAAUGGAGGACAGGUUGGUAUUGCUGAUGAGUUUGCAGUGUACAUUAAAUAUAAGACAGAAGUCUAUAUCCCUCCACCACCUACCCUGCCUCCUCCUGCAGUCUACACUAGUGAGUCAAUCUCGGCUCCUCCCCCUGGCAGUGAGCUGCAGAGCGAGGGAUAUGAUACUGAGAGACAAGUGCACCAGAGUCAGCUGCAGAAUACAGUCUUAUCUGGUGAGAGGAAUCACUAUACAAUGACUACAGUAUACUCACUGGUGAGCAUUGAUGACAUGAGAACCAAGCGAGAUGGGCACCGGGCAAGGAGGACCUUGAUAGCGUCUGCAAAAUUACCACAGCUACGAAGCGCCCAGUUUGUGUCGGAGGGCUGCCCACCGGGAUCAGAGUUCAACCCUAUUGACCUGUCAUGUGACUGUCUCAAACCGGAUUGGUUCUACAGCGAGGACUCAUUCCAGUGCAAACCUACAAUCAAUGCCGUACAAGAAGAUGAUGUCAUUCAAGAUGUACCUGAUAAUGCACACGACUCUGCAGCCAUCCAACCCUUGCAAAAUAGCCAUCAUUCAUUACUCGUUUUGGUUUUAGUCCUUAAUUGGUGGUUGUUUUUUUGGCUACAAUAUUGAUUUGUUCCCCUAAAAAAAAUGUGUUUUAAAAUUACUCACUAUUUUUAUUAUGCUUAUUUUAAAAAGUUGAUCUGCUAAAAGUUACUCUAAGAUAAGUAGUUUCUUUAGUUAGCUGUUACUUGAGGCGCUAAACCAUGGACAAGUGGUCAAGCACAUGUGGGUUCAAUUUUAUGGCCCAUAGUUUGUGGCCCAUAGAGUUCAGGGCUUGAAAGGCUCAGUGAGCAAAGCCAGGAUGUAGGACCUUGCUCUGUUUGAGUUGCAGUCAUCACACUAUUGUCCUUGAGCAAUAGACACUUUAGACUAUUGGUAAUUGUCAAAGACCAGUAUUCUCACUUGGUGUAUCUCAACAAAUGCAUAAAAUAACAAAAC